AUGAGCAGGAACUCUCGUUACUAUACGGCACCGGUGCCGAAGAUGCCACCAGGUUUGAUCGAGCUUAUGGAUGGUCUAGCGAGGGAUGUGCUUAAAAACAAUCCAACAGAUCUAUACGGGUUUUGUUCUGAACAUAUGAAGAAAUUACUGCAGACCAGAGACAGCUCAGAGGUCAAGUCAGAAGUAAAGCAGUCACUAACGUUGGAGCAAAAAAUUGCAAUAGUCCAAAAAAUUAUCAACGAAAGAGCAGUAUUACGACGAGAGGCGUAUGACAAAAACACACAAAUAACAAAAGCUCAGACUGUAGAAAAUAUUAAUAUUAAAGAAGACUGUGUUAAAGAUUCUAAUACAGAUAAUGAUGUGAAAAAUAACGUAACAGAUAUACCAGAGCAAUAUAUAAAAGACAAUGUUAUACAAAUAGAUGAGGUUAGUUUAUCUGGUAAUAAAGAGCAUGAGAUUACUGUAGGUAAUGUUGAAUUAAGUAAGGAUAUACCUUUAUCUGAGGCACCUAAAGAUGACCCUGUACUGGUUAAGGAUGACGAUGAUAAAAAGGAAAUUAUUGAAACUAUUAAUAAAACUGGUCCUGAUGCUGGUGCCGACCAGAAUGUCUCGAAAGGUAAUGGUUUAAAAGAUGAUAAUGCUAUACACAGUGCAGAAAGUGAUGUUUCCGUUAUAGGAAUAGAAAACAAUGCCGAUGCCGAUAAUUCAAUUAAUUUAGACAAUGUUAAUGCAUCUGCACCAGUUGUGGUUCAAAGUUUGAUUGACGAAACAGUUAAAAAUAAUACUGAAAUUGUCGAACAAAUAGUCGUAGCCGAAGAAAAGAAAGACGAUGACAAAAAUAAUGAAUGUAACAAAAACGAUAUUGUAAAUGAAAUUGAGGCUAAAGAAGAUAUUGAUAUUCAUGACACUAGUAAAGAUGCAAGUAAAAUAGAUCAAAACAAUGAUAUCGUAGAUGACAAACAAGAUGUAAUAUCUAUAAGUUGCGAAAGUGAGGCUCUUAAUUCUGAAAAGCAAGGACAGGCUGAUGAAAUAAAAAAUAAUGAUAUAACAUCGUCUGAAAUUAACAACGACAGUAAGAAUAAAACGGAAUCACUAGAAACUGAAUUAAAUCUUAAACCGUUAACAUCAAUAAAUAACGACAAUUCCAAUGAAAAUAAUAUUAAUGAGAAGCCUUUGGAUAACGCAAAUGAAUUGAUUAAAACAGAAGCUUCAACUAUAAGUGCUGAUAAUAAUAAUGAAGAUAAAGAGUUGAAAGAACCGUUUGAUAGAGAAAACAUAUCGGAUCAUAAACAAAACUCUUUAACCAAUGAUGACAAGGAUAAAAAUGAACAAAAACUUGGUAACGCAGUCAAUGAAACUGCCAUGGAUCUUGAGACAGCAGCAAUAACGAUACAGAAAGUGUUCCGUUCUUUUCUUUUCAGGAAUAAAACUUUAAGUAGCGACGACGCCACUAAUGUGGACAUUAAUUUGUUGAUUGAGGAUAAAGAUCAGAAGGAUGGUAAUGAGAUUCUAUCUGGUCAAUCGAAUAAAGAUCGAAGAAGUCUAGGUUUAAGUAGAAUUGACAGUGUUUUACAAACUGUAAACGAAGAGCAGUCUCUGUCUCUGUCAACUGAUGAUUCUUCCACACUAUCAAGCGCUGCCACUAUCAUACAGGCUCAUGUUAGAGGUUUCUUGGUAAGAAACAAACUGAUUGGUAACAAAGCUAACUCCAGUACCUCAGGUUUUGAUUCGGAUGGGCAUUCUAUUGCGUCGUUGGAAAUCGAUAAUGAUGGACGAAAAAAUAAAACCGUCCUUAACAUCCAUAUAGUUCCCGAAGGUGGUCAUUUUAUGAGUCGGGAUGAGAGCAUGCUUACUUCUAUCGAUCUGUCGGUAGAUGGCAGCCCGCGGGAUUCAGUUAAUCUUCAUCCUAUGGGCCAUGAUACUAGUGAGAGACGAAAGCUAUUGAAAAGAGAGGAUGCCAUCCAGUCAAUCUCACCGCCGAGUAACAACAGCGGGAAACACAGCGAAGAAGUUGAUUCAGUGAAAGAAAUAUUGGAACAAGAUACACAAGCAAUGAAUCAAAACGAAUGUAAUGGCAUCAUAGAUCCAAAUAAAUCAAAUACAAAUGAAUCAAAGGAAAAGUUACCUGAAGAAAAAAACGAUGAAAUUAAAAACGCAGAUGCGCUUGGUUCAUCAAAAUUAGGAACAUCAGACUUUAGUCUUCCCUCUCUAGCAUCAGACGAAAUGGAUGUAGUCACACCGUUCACAGCAACAGACACCGACGGUGAAUCUAGAAUAAUUCAUUCAGGCGAGUGUCAUGACGUGUUGCUACCAACGACGGUGUCACGUACAGACACCUCAGUCGUCCGUGGUGAGUGA